AUGCAGCUGAGGGUCGAAGAUUUUUCUAGAAAACGAUUUGGAAACCACGACGCACUAGCUCACGAAUGGGAAAAGAUCAAGACUGGUGCCGAGAAAAUGCUAGCGCUCUAUCCCAGCUCCCAAUCUUCCAACGACUUCGCGGACAACAAUGUGAUGAGUCAGUCCAUACUGGAGAGGAAAGCCUGCGCUUCACAACGCACUGUUGUUGCUCCUAAGAAUCACUGA